GCAAUAUAAUAGGACCAAAAAGUCUUCAUUCUGCAAUUGAACGUGGGUUUAUACAACAAUUGAACAACACGCACAUCUACAUAUACAGGUCAGAAAAUCCUGUCAGUCAGUAAAACAUGCUUAAACACCUUCUUGGGUUGUACCAGGACAACUCCUUACUGUAAGGUAUCUUGACAGGAAUGUAGUUAGAGGCUAUUGUGUAGCCUAGAGUAUGGGUUACAACUAGCAACAUGAAUGUGAAGCAUGUGAGGCUGGUCAGGUUUGGUGAGAAUUUUGCAGCAAGGUGUUCAGAUUACUGAAUACUGUUUAUCAGUUUGCAUUAAAAAUUUAAUACAUGCUGACUAAUAUUAGUCCCACAAGGAGAAAUUUCAGGUUUACUGCAGCAAAAGUACAGUAGCACAAAAGAACAGAUAAAGUGCAAAAAAAGUCUGAAAUAAAAAAAACUAUAUACAGUUAUCUACAUAUCUAAUCUAAUAUGAAUUAUUUUACAACAGCAUAUAAUAUGUAAUCUUAUUUAUUUAACAGCCCAAUAAUGUUGAAACAUGUUUGUUAGUGGGACAAUCACAAUCAUUUCAUUUGAAGUCUAAACUGCAGUGUAGUCCGCCUGGCCACAGAUGGCGCUGUCACUUUGUACCAACCACCAAAACCAGUCUGCUUCCGCUCAUCGCCUGGUUAAGAGGACAUAUUUCGCACAUUCGUCAGAAAUUUCAUUGUAGACCAAGUAAAAAUCAGCCCCAAAAUUGCAUUUCUGUAAUAAUACGCAGUUCUUGGCUUGAUCAUAUUAUCUAAUUAAUUGUUAUAAAUUUUAUUUGUGGCCGUUGGCGAACAUGGAUAGGCAAAAAACAGCUGGUUCUGUGUUUAUGUGUCGGCUCUGCAACCUAUUCUCCCCCACCCGCUCACUGCUGCUGGCCCAUUGCUCUGAGAUACACCCCCUUCAUGGGCCUAGUGAAGACAUCAUUGUUGCUUUGCAGCCCCUUGCAGGAGUACCCUUGGAAACGUUAACAGAGAGCCCUGUGAAGCGGAAACGAGGACGACCGAAAGGCUCCACCAAGAAACCUCGCACAGAUUGCAGUGAUGCCAGAGAAGACUCCACCCAUUUUCCAGAAGACAACGUCCAAAGACAAUCAACGCAGAAGGAGGACGGAGACACACAAGGUGAAAAUGACAGGAUAUCUGGCCUGAAAUGCAACGACUGUCACCGUUUGUUCAGCAACAGACGACAGAUCGUCAAACACAUCUGCCUGAAAGCACCAGACGAGGACGAAGAGGAGGAAGAAGUUGGCAUUGGCAACAUCUAUAGAAGAGAAGUUGAGGACUCUGAAAAUUUGGACCCUCAGGGAGCAGAUCCAAAUCAGAGUCAGGAAAUCCCCAAAUGUUCAGACACCAAGAGAAGAAAGCGAAUAAGGAGUUUUCAACGACCAAGACCCAACAAAAAAAGUCGUAUGCUUUCCGAAGAUGGCGUAAGUCACCCGUCCAAAGAAGAUAGCCUUACAACAGGAAGCAAAAAAAGCGUCAUCAAUGUUGUACUCACUGAAGAGGAGUUACUUCCAGGUGUCACUAAAAUGAUUCCAAUUGAGAACAUUUCCACGGGAACGGAGCAUGCAAACAUUCCGGGUGACGUUCAGUCCAGGACAGCUGGGACAGGCUCCAGCACCCCCACGACCCUUAGUACUCAAGCAUCUCAGGGUGAUCCAACAGAUGUUGUGAGUCAAUCCCAACCAACAGCUUGUGAUGAAGACCCCAAAGCAGACCAGGAGCUAAGCUGCAGUUCAGACAAAACAACACCACCACCUGGAAAAGGCUUCCAGGAAUAUUCCAUCAAGCAAGAUGCACCCAAUUUACUCCAGAGCCAGCUCAAGGUCUUUGCCUGCGAGUUUUGCAAUAAGAUCUUUAAGUUUAGGCACUCGCUGAUAUCCCACCUCAGGACACACACUCAAGAGAAGCCCUUCAAGUGUCCACACUGUGACUACGCAUCAGCCAUCAAAGCCAACCUGAACGUUCACCUGAGGAAGCACACCGGAGAGAAGUUCAGUUGUCAACAGUGUCCUUUCCAAUGCCUGAGCCCAGGACACCUAAAGGUCCACAUCGAGCGAGUACAUUUGAAGCUGAAGCAGCAUUGCAGCUACUGCCAGAAAAAGUACUCCGAUGUGAAGAACUUAAUCAAACAUUUAGAAAAAUGUCAUAAUCUGAAAGACCCGAUUAUCUACAAGAGCUACCAGGAACUGAGGUUGAAGACUCGGCAGGGUCUCCGACAACUCCUCUACCACUGUCCCACCUGCCACCGUCGCUUUAAGAACUUCCUGGAGCGUGAGCGUCACCUGCUAGUCCACGGGCCCCAGCGGCCCUUUGCAUGCUUGCUCUGUGACCACGCUGGAACCAGUUUAGCCAACCUCGCCGCUCACGUCAGGAAGCAUCCGUUCUUGUACGUGUGCUGCGCAUGUGAGAAGACGUUUGUCAGCUGUCAGAGACUCAGGAGUCAUCUCGCAGAGUGUCACUCUGAGCUGGAGCAAGAGCAGGUGUUCACAGAGUGUAUUAAAAACAGCUUCUACUUGAUGAGUGGUGCAGGAAGCUUGUCUGGAGAUGAAGACAGAGAGGACAGCAGAGAAGGUAGAGGAAAUGGCGAUGACGCUCAACAGUGGCGGGAAGGCGAAGAUGAGCAUCGAGAAAAUAAGGACAUUCAAUUUCAGGGUGAAAAUGUUGAAGCUGAGAGAACAACUGAGGAACCCAAAAAUAUCCCUGAGGUGCAACAGGGGGCCGAUUCCUCAGAGAUGAACUACAUGACAGAUAAUAAUAAGCAAGGACACACCCCUCAUAUGGAAAACACACCCACAAAUCCAAACACAAAAUUAGCUGAUGAUAACACUAAAGUAUCUUCUUUAUUAUUGGCGGGGAGUAAAAAUCUCCCAUCAGCACCUUCAGAAGACGACCAUCAAACUCCGCAAUCAGAAAAGGGAUUGCAAUUAAGUGCAUUCCAGCAGGUGUUGUCGUCCCUUCCGAAGACGCAUCUUGAUAUGGAGACAUUUCAACGGCUAAGGAAAAUGUAUGGAGACCUGGAGUGUCAAUACUGUGGGAAACUGUUUUGGUACAAAGUCCACUACAACGCCCAUAUACGUACACACACUAAGGAGCACUUGCACUACUGCUCAAAGUGUAACUACUCUUCCAUCACUAAAAGCUCUUUAAAGAGGCACCUAAUUCAGAAGCACAGUGGCUUGCUGCUGACAUGUUCUAAUCCGGGAUGUAAAUACACUACUCCUGACAAAUACAAACUACAAGCCCAUCGAAGGACCCAUCAGGAAGAGUGCAAGACUGCACCCUGUCCCAUCUGCCAUCAAAACUAUCCAGAGCACAGACUGAGACGACACAUCCAAAUAUCCCACCCCGAUACAAUACCAGUUAAAGGACUGAUGGUAAAGCGUGCAGAGAAGUGUCCUUACUGUGAGUCUUACUACUUAAAGAACAGCAGUGACUUUCAGCAGCACAUCUGGGCCCACCAAGGUGUCAAGCCAUUCGUCUGCAGUAUUUGUGACUAUGCAAGCCGCAGCAGGAACAACCUGAAAAAUCACAUGAACCGACAUAACAAAGAAAGGUGUCACGUCUGUGAUUUGUGCGGUAAAACACUUAAAUCCAAAGUGUCGUUGAAGACCCACAGACUGAGCCACACUGAUGAAGGGAAGCGGUUUAGGUGCUCAGAGUGUGACUUCACGUCUGCUUUGAAGGCUCCAUUGGUCAGACACAUGGAGCAGCAUGCUGAAUUUAAGCCAUUUCGAUGUGCUCACUGCCAUUAUUCCUGCAACACAUCCGGUCCCUUGAAGCGACACUAUAAGACAAAACACCCGGAUCAGAAAUACCAGAAUGUCGGAAAAGGUUUCUCUGACCCGGAGUAUUCAAGACAAGGUGGCAUCAAGUGCCCUGAAUGUAGGUUUGUUUAUGGCACCAAAUGGGAGCUGAAUCGACACUUGAAGAAGAAGCAUGGUCCGAAACAGAUGGAAUGCACCUGGGAGGUGGAGGAGACAGUAGAGACACAUUAUGUGCCUUUGGAGCAAGAGGAGCAGUUGACAGAAGACAAUGUAGCUGCCCUGCAAGACAAUGGUGGAGCUGUUAAUAUUCUCCAGCAGAUAGCCGAGUUUAAUUCCGAGACACAUGAUGCCAUCACUUCCAUGGUGGCCAUGGCCCCCGGCACUGUUGCUGUGGUAGAGCAGGUGGAGGAUGAGAAGGAGGUUGCCAACAAUCAGCUGGUGGUUGUGAACGCAGAUGGGGAUCUUACAGGUGACCAGGUGAUGGUGGUGGAGGAGGGGCAUGGACUGGAGGCCCUGACGGUCCUCACUCAGGGCGACAACAAUCACCACUUUAUUGUCUAUGUCCAGGAACAAACUGUGGAAAUAAACUAGAAAUGCUUGCAUUUUGCAUCAGACUGUCAA